UAACGUUCCUAAUCACAUAAGAAGUAAAGAUAAUUUAUUAUAUUGGCGAUUCGUUAGCUCUAAGCUCGCAAGGAAAUGAACCAUUAGGUGCUGUAAUAGCUUGCCUCCCAAGAAAAUAGUCAUAUGCUCAACAAGUCUUGUGUCUCAGUCUCUCACCCACUCUAAAUCCACCGCGUACGUCCACGUAUGAGUGUCUGGAUACCCUUUUCUUUGUAAUAUACUUUUUGCUCUAAAUCCUCUCUAACUGUAGAAACUGAUUUUUUCUCGUUUAAACAAAACACCAUCUCUUCUAUUUCAAAUUAUCCUAACGAAAUUAGAAAUUGGAGUCACAAGAUGGUGUACUGAAGUAUUAAACAUGAGUCGGUCCACGAAAAAUAAAAACACAAAGAAAACAUGAAUCACCUCUUAAAGGCAUUUAUUGUGGCUUUGUGAAUUUGAGAUUCUCUGCCUCUGAAGCAAAGCCAUGGAUCGAUCCCAACAAAACACACACGCGAAACUCAUGACACGUGACAUCCACCGCCUGACACCAUCACCGACAGAAGCCAACUGUUUCUCCGUGGGAGGUAUCUCGUGGGUCUCACGCGUAGAGACAGUGGGCACGAUCGUCUAUCGCGACAUGGCCGAGAAAUUCCUCAAGUUCAACGUUGACGAUGGCGCUGGCUGCGUCACGUGCAUCCUGUGGCUCAACCAACUCACCUCUCCUUACUUCAACCGGUUCAGCUCAUCUACGAUUCUGAUGCACGCAAGAACCGCUCGUAGACAAGCAAGAGACAUCAGAAUCGGAGCCGUAGCUCGCGUUCGUGGCCGCGUCGGCUUGUACAGAGGAGUUAUGCAGAUCACGGCGACUAAUGUGGUAAUCGAGAGAGACCCUAACGCUGAGAUAUUGCACUGGUUGGAGUGUGUUAGGCUUAGUCGAAGCUGUUAUCGAAUUCAAAGUUAAUUACGUAAUUAAGAGAAGAUGGUUUCACGUUUCAACUGUAACUCAUGGAUCGACCAACUGAAAGUUCUUUUUUUUUUCUCAAGUCUUAUCAUCCAUCUCUGAUAUCUAGUUUCUACAAUUCUACGUGUGUUAAAAUUUUGAAACUCGAACUGAUAACUCCUGUAAGUUUUAAUUUUUGAACAUUAUUAUUUUCUAUGGUCUAA